UAUGCAGCCAGUCGUGUUAAAAGCUGAUUCAUGUGAAUGAAUUGUUGACUUAUAAUCGGUCAAACAUCUCUCAUGAAUAUCAAGCUAUUUUGAACCAGAAGUAACAUUUCUGUCACAAGUUAGAAGCUGCAGUCAGUGUUUGGGUAAAGUGCCGCCUAUGUCCUUUAUUUAUCAAGGUAACAAGUUUUAUUGACGUUACAAAUGUCAAAUUCAAGACAAAUUUAGCCAGUAGGGUAGCAGAAUUUGCCACAACUAUAACAUAACAGCUCUACAACAUGUAAGUUAAGGAGUGCUGAAAUGCAUUUGUUGUUCUUGAAAGAGACUGGCUGACCUUUUUAAGUGAAAAGGUAAAUGUGAAGGAGUAUGAUGUCCUUUUAAGGAAAACAAACAUCCCCAGCAAAUAGGCCUAUUUAGGUUUAUUAGCAAUAAACAAGAGUUGUAAACCAGUGUAAUUACACGUGUUAAAGCACUUUACCUAACUGCUGGUAUGAGGAACGUUUGUAUUUAAACUUGAUCCUACUUUCUGUUUUGAGCUUUAUUUGGAUAUAUGACUGUAUGUGGGAUUUGCAUGUAGGAUUAUCCCAGAGAACCCCAGCUUUCACCCACAGUCCAAAGACGUGCAGGUUAGGCUAAAUUAGGUUAAUUGUACAAAUGUGUGCAAGUAAUGCGCCUACUUCAAUGCAGAUUAAUGAUAUACUGAAUGAUGUCCUUGGUGAGCGUGCUGUCCAUCAGAACUUCCAGAUAUGUUCUUUUUUUCCCCUCAAACUUCUUUAUUUCAACUAAACUUUUGAGCCCUUGAAGUUACUUUCCUGAUCUGUCUGCAUUGUGCCUGUCAGAAAAGGGUGGAAUUGUUUACAUUUUUUAUGUCACAGAAAACACAUCCUGAAACAUGGAGGAUCCAAACAGACCACAGAGGAAAAUGUCAACAGCAGGAGAGAGUUUGUACAAGUUGCUGGGAGUGGAGAAGGGAGCGUCUCCUGACGAAUUGAAAAGAGCCUACAGGAAAAUGGCAUUAAGGUAUCACCCUGAUAAGAACCCAGACAACCCCGAAGCAGCUGAGAAGUUCAAGGAGAUCAAUAAUGCCCACUCCAUCCUCACUGAUCCGGACAAGCGUGGUAUCUACGACCAAUAUGGAUCCAUGGGCCUCUCGGUGGCCGAGCAGUUUGGGGAGGAGGGAGUCAAAUAUUACUUUCUCAUGUCCAAGUGCUGGUUCAAGACCCUGUUUGUGUGCUGCACUAUUUUCACCUGCUGCUGCUGUUGCCUCUGCUGCUGUUGCUGCUGCGGAAAGUGCAAACCACAAGAUGAAGAGAACAAUUUCGUCUACAUGGACCCUGAGGACCUGGAGGCUCAGAUUAGAGAACAAGAUGCAGCAGACCAUCCCGUAAUAGUUAUUCAGCCGAACUCUAGCGAUGCUGCUAGCCAUUCAGCAGACCAUCCCGUAAUAGUUAUUCAGCCGAACUCUAGCAAUGCCGCUAUGCAUUCAGGGGAGAACACACCGAUUGUGAUUCAGACUCACGCAGCCAAGGGGGGCUCAGGACCUGGAGAAUGAACGACUGUAUCAAACACUGAAGUGCAGAAAAUGUUUUCAUCUCAGAGAUUUGUUUGUUUACAUGAGUCAAACUGCAAUUUAUUUGAUUGUGCCAUAGUUAUUUUUUAAAAAUGUGCUUUUUCUUUGAUCCAGUCUUGUAUUUAUUCUUUUAAAAUGUUAAAUUUCUGAAUUUGGGGCGGAGACUAAUAACAAAGCCAUGCAGAUCAAAGCCUCUGAGCUCGGGGAUAAUUAUCUUUUUCCUGCGCACUUUAAACUCACACAUUCAUAUUGAAUGUUUGGAAUAUUCUGAAGCUGCCAUGAUCAGAGCACGUUUUGGCCCAAGAUUCAGAAAUUUUCAGAUUUUUAUUUUUAAUAUGCCGAUUCAGGGGUUUCUGUGGAAGCUUGCUUCCAGCACUGGAAAGGGAAAAAAAAAUGCCAAGCGUAAAUCAGAAUUUUGGUGUCAGAUCUCAAAAUUUCGACUCAAUGACUCAGGAUCUCAAGUCGAGUCUCACUUAAAGUUUCACCUAAUCAGACGUGUGAGCUGGCAAGUGGAAAUUUUGAGAUGGUGACUUGAAAUUUUGACUUAACUUUGCCUCGCAGUUUAAAAAAAAUAAAUAAAUACAAAAAAUAACAAAACGCUUGUUCGGUCGCACUGCACAUAGAAACAGACUCUAUGUUAAACGGUUUACUGAUGUGGCCACAGAUCACACACAGAUUUAUCAAACAAAGGUUUAGUUUUAAAGUUUUAGCGCUGCCUUAUGUGACACAUUCAGUUGCCAGCUUGUAAAUGACUCUUUGAAGUUUAGUCUUGUGAUGCUUGCAGAGAUUUUAAGGAAUUACUAAAUCGCCUAAUUCUGAGAGUUGGAUGAAGACUGUUGAUCACAUUUGUGUUUGUCCACUUGAAAUCUACUAAGGAUAGAUUGUAAAUGGAUCAAAUACCCCCCAAAAUGAUUUGAGUCUUCCUAUAAAUGCCAUAAUUGUAAAACCAGAUUUAUAUACCUGCUUUUAAUUAACACAAAAAGAUUGGAUUUACUUCAAUGGUACGUUUAGAAAUUAGUCUAAACGCACCAUUGAGUUACAUUUGGCGCACCCCUUUAGGGCGAGUGCAGCAAUGUGUAGAAACCAAAGAAAUCACACGGAGGCUUCUGCUGUAGCGCCCUCUUUGUGUGUGAUUUCACCUAACAACAACCAGCAAGCCCCAGGAACCACUCGCCGACCAGCUGGGGGAGCACACCUUUUUCCAAGCCGCCUCCUCCCUCACUACCUGAAGCAAAGAACCGGCUGGACCAGUGGACCACUGUUUAUUCUGUUUGUGCAAAGAUUAAACAAAAGACAUGUUUUGGACAUGUUGAUUGAUGUUUCCACUUGUGAUGUUUUCAACCUUUAUGCUUAAGUCCCUUUGGCUCCUGCUCAAGCUUACUUAAUUAUACACACAGGCACAGUGACAAUAAUCUGUUUUAACUCCUGGAAAGUGAGCCAGUGUUUCAGAAGAGGUACAGUUGGUCAUUUUUGUCAUUGCACAUAAGUAAAAAAAUAUGCAGGGAGGUGAAUAGAGUUGUGUGAAUUUUUCUACACUUGACACUAAAACCAUCGUUUGUUUCUUUAGAAAAUAAGAUCGCAGCUUUCUGAUUUAUUGCCAUUUUGACUUUUUUGUGUAUGUCGUGAUUGUCUUGUAAAGUCAGAGAUGUAUAUUUAUGAUUAGAGGAUUUAUUACAAAUUGAGUAUUAAGGUAAAGAUUCUUUUGUUUAAAUGAUAUUUUUCUAUUUUCUCUCGGGGUAAAAAUGUUGAGAUUGUGUUUCAUUUUGAUUUCAUUUUAUACAAAUCUGGAUAUAAUGAUAAUAAUAUGGAUGCUGAUUUUCUGACGAUCCUUGACUGCGGUGUAUUUAAAAGCCUGCUUGUAUACUUUUGUAUGCCAAUGAUUAUACUUGACGCAAAAGUGCCUGAAUGCAGUUUUUGAAUAAUUUUACAGAAGUGUAUUUUAUGUCAUUAUCUAAACAUUUCCAUGCUGAGUUUGUUCUGUCCACUUUGACAGAUUUCCAACUGUUGGUGUAAAUUUGAGUUUCUUCUAAAGCAUGAAAUAAAGUUGAAUAAUUCAGACAA